AUGAUUCGUCCCGAUGUCGACUAUCACAUCAAACAUUUGGAUAUACGUCCUCCUCCUUCAUCAGGUAACUCAAUCUUCAUCACCGUCGAUACAUUAUCCGAUGGCGACAUUCAACUUGUCCCAAGUGUUCUCAUCCACAUCAGUCUCCGUAGUUUAAGUCUCCCUUACAUCCGAGACCUUAUCCAAGGUCAACUCACCAGACGCGGUUGGUUAGGCCCAGAGAUUUCUACGGCCGCAACCCAACUUGGGUUUAGCCCCAGUGGGCUUCUUCAAGAUCCACCCGUUACCCACCGUUGGUUAUCUGAUUACUUGGCCCCACGUAUCUCUGAUCUUGCAACUGAAUUAGGUUAUGGCCGUAACGGUUUUUGUUUGUCCAUCGUUGUCAAGAUCAUUACUCAAUCCCCAUUCAAGUACGAGGUGUUGUCGAGGAUGGUUCAGCAAGGGAAGACGAACACAGAGGAGUUAAAGAGUUCUCAGAUGGAAACAGAGUCGUGUUCGAUCUGUCUCGACAAUCUCGUGUCCGAUGAUGGUUCGAGUUCGAAACGUGGUGUUCCUACACGUAUUACAUCUUCCCAUGUCUUCCACGAUGGUGGUGCAAGAAAAGGAGGGAGAUGCCACGUCGACAUAACACGUCAGCAGAUGAGAUUAUGUAGCAAGCUUAGAUGGAAUUAUCGAUAA